UACCGCUGCCAUGAUUUUUUUGUUAAUGAAAUAAAGAAUCAACAUUUUAAUCGGAAAGGCUAUUUCAUUUCCUGUUUGUGAUGUUAUGGCGGAGAACACAGAGAAAUAUAGCUCAAUCUCCAGGGCAGAAGACUCUCAAGCAGAUAAAUGUCCUACAGUAGCACAACUACAAAGUCUCUUGGACAGCAGACGAACCUCUUCCUCUCACCGUGUGGAUGAAGUGUGGCCAAACCUCUACUUAGGAGAUUUGAACACUGCCAACAAUAGAUAUGAGCUGUGGAAGCUAGGCAUCACUCAUGUGCUGAAUGCAGCUCAUGGGCGAAGGUAUUCUGAAGGCAACCCUGACUUUUAUGGAACCAGCAUAACAUAUCAUGGGGUACCAGCUAAUGAUGUCCCAGAGUUUGAUAUGAGUAAAUAUUUCUAUUCAGCAUCAGAAUUUAUUCACAAAGCAUUGACCACACCUGGAGUCAGGCUUCUAGUGCAUUGUGUUGUCGGUAUCAGUAGAUCUGCAACUUUGGUCCUGGCUUACCUUAUGAUCCAUCAUCAACUCUCCCUUGUUCAAGCCAUUCGCACAGUACAGGAGAACCGCUGGAUAUCCCCAAACACAGGUUUUCUGCAACAGCUUCUACGCUUGGAUGAAGAACUCCAGCAAACUAGACUAAACCAGACUAGACCAUUGAAAAACCAGCAUGGAGAAGAGGGUUAAGAUUUGGCAGAAAGGAACACAGUGUGCAUGCCUUAUUUUUUUUCUUUAGUACAUGUUAGGCCCCUUUCACACUAUAAAAAUUCAUCCGUAAUGAACGUCCAUCAUAAAAAUCUUGAAAAUCG